UAAGGUAUGAUACUUGACAAUCGUACCUUGCUGAUAGGUUUAUAUUUCUAGGAACUAAUCCUUCUUACGUGUUGAACAAAUAGGACUGUAUUGGAGCCAUUGAUGGAACACAUAUACGUGCCUCGGUUAGUAAGUCAAUGGAGCUAGCUUUUCGUGGUAGAAAGUCAUUUGCAACACAAAAUGUGAUGGCUGCUGUAGAUUUUGAUAUGAAAUUCACUUAUGUUCUGGCUGGUUGGGAGGGCACAGCACAUGAUGCUGUGGUUUUAGCAGAUGCCCUAGAGCGUGAGAAUGGUGGCUUACGAGUUCCCGAAGGGAAAUUCUACCUUGUGGAUGCGGGAUACGGAUCCAAACCUGGAUUCAUGCCACCUUUUCGUGGUGUGCGCUAUCACUUGAAUGAGUGGGGAAACAAUCCAGUCCAAAAUGAGAAGGAACUAUUCAAUCUAAGGCAUUCCUCUCUACGUGUGACUGUAGAACGUGCCUUUGGAUCACUCAACAGAAGAUUUAAAGUCCUUGAUGAUGCUACGCCAUUCUUCCCAUACCUUACUCAAGUUGAUAUUGUCAUAGUAUGUUGUAUCCUCCAUAACUGGGUUGUUUCUCAAGGCACUGAUUGUUUCAUUCUGCCGGAGAACACAUUGAUACCUAGUCCCCAUACUUCAGCUAGUGCACAGUCAAAUGACCAUAGGUUGAUGGUUGAAAAGAGGCAACUAAUUGCUGAAAGGAUGUGGCAAGAUCGACAAAACCACUAUGGCCAUUAAAUAUA